ACAUUAGAAUAGAGACAUUUCAAAGUAAUAAUGGCUCGAGUUGUGAAAGUUUUUCGGACUCUGCGAAAUCAUUGGAAGAAGUCUACUUUUGCUGUGUGUGUUUUGUCGUAUGGAGGCUACUGGCUGUAUGGUAAACACUGUGACAGUGUUCUGCGCACAGAGGCGUGUCUGCUAGCCCGAGAAUUUGGUCGUCAACAGAUAGCACCAAAUGAGAGGCUGAGGAAGGCAACUGUAAUAUUGAAUCCCGCUGCCUGUAGCGGAAAAGCCAACAACCUGUUUGAAAAUAACGCUGCUCCCAUUUUACAUCUUGCUGGAGUUGAGAUUACGGUUGUAAAGACAGACUAUGAGGGUCAGGCAAAAAAGCUAAUGGAGUUCAUGGAACAGACAGACAUGCUAAUUGUGGCUGGAGGGGAUGGCACGCUGCAGGAAGUCAUCACAGGAUUACUGCGAAGGCCAGAUCAGGACACAUUCAGUAACAUACCAAUUGGAUUCAUUCCACUGGGUUCCCACAAUUCCCUGAGUCCAAGUCUUCACCUCCUCAGUGACAACAAAGUUAAAGACAUUACAUCUGCUACUCUGACUAUUCUGAAGGGAGACACUGUACCACUGGAUGUACUACAAAUUAACGGGGAGAAAGAGCAGCCAGUCUUCGCUCUAAUGGGAUUGCGAUGGGGAGCUUUCAGAGAUGUGGCUGCAAAACUCAGCAAAUACUGGUAUCUUGGACCAAUGAAAACAAAUGCUGCUCAUUGGUUCAGUACUUUAAGGGAAUGGCCCUUGGUAAGGGAUAUCUCUGUGUCCUGCCUGGCUCCCAAUCUUCGGCCCCCAGACCUCCCUCUACAGAAGCCCCCAAGGCCAAAUGUGCUAUACCAUAUCAUGCGGAGACUUAAAAACUAUUGGUCCCCACCUGUUGAAGAGCCCCCUAAAGUGGAGGAGCCAGAAAAAUGGGAGGAGAAGCAACUGUCAACAUUGGAGCUGUUUGUUCAAACCCACAACAAAAACCCAGUGGAGAGGCGAAUAAACGACUCCCUGGUCGUGUGUGCAGAGCCUGGAGACUUCACUGUGGGAGAGUUCAUCACUGUUGGGAAUGACAAAGUAGAAGACCCAUCUGUUUUCACUAAAAACUCCACCCAAUUUGAAGCCAGUGCGUGUCGGCUGCAGCUACCAGAAAAUUCUGGUGGAUUCUUCAACAUUGACAAUGAGGAGUAUGAGGCGAUGCCUGUGGAGAUAAGACUGUUGCCACGGAAACUUCGCUUUUUCAUCACUGCAGAGCGCAGGCAGCAGCUCCAGUCAUUGAUGCAGUAAUGAAAAAACAAAACUGGACUCUGUACUCCAUUGUGUAAAUUGGAGUUCAAUGCAAAGCUAAGUUUUUUCAUGUUCAUCUGUAUGUGUUGGGUUUGAGACCAAGAAGUAAAAAAUGAGUAAAAACGAUAGCGAAUACUU